GUUGCCAUGGCAAAAGGGAAAGACAAAGGCAAAGAUAAAGGCUCCAAGGGAGGGAGGGCCAAGAAGGGCGGCGGCCGAGGCAGUAAGCCAGAAUUAAAGAGCUUGGAGAAGGAGGCCGAGGCCGACAGGGCGAAAGCUGCGGCGGCGUUAUGGGAGGCCAGGCUGGAGGUGACGGAGGUCUCCCGCAGAGAAUACCGCGAGGCCGCCCGCCGCCUCGCUUGCAACAACGAGGAGCUGGAGUGGCAGCAGCGAAAGCUGGAGAAAGACGCGAUGGAGGUGAUCAGCUUCCUCAAGAAGCAGGAUUUCGAGAAGGAAGAGCUGCUUGAAAAGAUGAAGCAGCAAAUGAAUGAGGUGAAGCAGCAAGCCAAAGAAGAAAAUGAAAAACUGGCUGAGCAAUUCACAAAACAGCUGGAAGAGUUGGAGGAGAAAUUCCAUAAAAAGGCUAAAGAAAUUGGUCUUAUUCAGAUUGAACUGAAAAUGAUACAGGAAUUUCGUAAGGAGAAAGCACGUAUAGAGAAAGAACUCGAAGAUCUAAAAGAAAACUUGGAUAUCACCCAAAAAGAACAUCAGGAGACAAUCUGCACAUUGGAGAGAAAAUUUCUUGAAGAAAAGCAACGAAUGGAAAGAGAAGCAGAAAAGAAGAUUAUAAUGCUGGCGGAAAGGGCCCAUCAUGAAGCCCUCACGAAGUUGGACAAUGCAGGAAGAGCCGUUUUUGCAGAGAAUGUUCGUCUUCAUGAAGCUCUUUCAUAUCACAUGAAGGAAACAGAAGAAUUACAAAAAUCCAAGCAAAAACUGGAGGAGAACAAUGCUUUUCUCUUGCAAGAGAAGGAAACAAAAGAAAUGUUAAUUCAGGAGAAGGUCCUGCAAAGUACCCAGCAUAAAGCACAGAUCCAGGAGCUACAAAACAAGGUGAAGAAACUGGAAGCUGCUCUUUGUCACAUGGCCAGAGAAUUUAAAGCAGAAAUCAAAAAGACUGAACAUAAUGCUUUGGUAAAGAACCAGGCCAGUCAUACAGAAAUUGAGAAGCUGCAGCAGCUGUUGGAGAUGAAAGAGAGAGAGAUGAGCAGAGUGAAGAAAUUGGCCAGAAACAUCUUGGAUCAAAGGAGUGAGGUGGAGAGGUUCUUUUUGGAUGCUCUGGAACAGGUGAAACAGGAAAUCAUGACCAGCAGGAAGUGCUAUAAGCAGGUAGCUCAAGCUGUUUAUCAGAAGAAAAUGAUGGCGGCAUUUGCAGGGAAACAGGAAUACCCCAAAAUCAGAACCUUUAAUGACAAUAUCCACAGCACAAAUAGCGUGCAAAAGGAUCUUCAGGAAGCAGAGAAAUGGACAAAUAUCCAGAAGGGAAAGGUAGACAUUUCUGAACUGACCUGGGAGCAGAAGGAGAGUGUGCUGAGGUUACUUUUUGCAAAGAUGAAUGGCCUGCGUACCCGGAAAUAUAGCCAUGCUUUGAUUCCUGUAGCCUCUUUUACUACAGAAAGUAAAACCAGGCCUGUUGAUACUACUCCCAGCUUAACUUUCAUUACUCAGCAGGCUCCAAUGUCUGAGUCAACUACUCAUAAAACAAGCCUUCCAGAUAUUCAGAUUGUACCACCACAACUACAGUAAGAUGGUCUUGAUUUAAGGAACAAUUGACAUCAUGAAAGCUUUUUCCUCCCGUCUUCCUUCUGGGACUUCACAUCCAUAAAGAUAAUAAUGCUGCAGCUAUGAAACUCCAUCUUUUUUUCAAGUCAGCUUGGAACAUAAAUUUGAUUUUUUUUUAAAUGGAAAUAUUUCCUUUACCUAGAGCUCAGGGUGGUUUUUUUGUUUUAAAAGGUUUGUAUUCAACAAAAUUCUGCAUUCCAAAGUAAAAUCUCAGCACAAUAUAUUCUGAUGACAACAAGCUUUGUGAAGGAAGGAAAUGCACUGAUAAGAGACAAUAGCCACGAUCCAG